AUGCAAUCCCUCCUCCUAACACUUGUCUUGCUCGCAACCUCGGCGGCCGCCGCCGAAGCCAAAAGGCCGGCCACCCCCGUCCAUUAUUCCAAACCGCCUCCACCCGACGGAAUGACGUACACCGUCACAUGCCACGCCGGCAAGUCGCCGGGAGGACCCGUGUUCCUCAACCACAUCGGGGCCGCCGAAGCCAAGCAGGCCAUGUCGUCGGCGACCCAGUUCGUGUGGAACAUGUUCAACCAGACACAUCCCGGCGACCGCCGCAACGGGAAGAACGAGAUCCACGUGAACGCCAACUUCCUGGGGAAGUACAAGGGCAACAUCCGGCGGGAGUUCGUCGGGAUCGUGUACCACCAGGUGACCAGGGUGUGGCAGUGGACCGGCGGCAAGGACAGAGAAGCCCCCAAAGGUUUGCUGACCGGAAUCGCCGAGUUCGUGAGGAUGGAGGCGCACUACGGGACGUCGGAGAAGGUGAAGCCAGGGGAAGGCAAGCAGUGGGACCAAGGGUUCGGCGUCACGGCCAGGUUUCUGGCGCACUGCGAGAAGGCGAAGAAAGGGUUCGUCAAGGAGCUGAACAAGAGGAUGAGGUACGGCUACACGAAGGCAUAUUUCUACGAUAUUUUGGGGAAGCCGGUGGAUCAGCUGUGGAAAGAGUACAAGAGUAAGUAUCCCAAAUAUUGA